GCCGCUGCCGCUGCCGCUGCCGCUGCCAGAGACGCCGCCGCUGCCAGAGACGCCGCCGCUGCAGCGCGGCGGCUCCCAAAGCGAGGCAGGGGGCCUGGAGGCGUACCUCGCGGAGGAGAUGCCGCGGGGGCGUUUCAUCGUCGUCGACCUCCUCUCCACCUGGGGCGCCGUCCACGAGGUGGGGAUAAACGGCCUGGAAGUCUUCACCGAAGCUGGCGAGCGCGUCAUCCCGCCGCCGGAGUGCCUGCGACCGUCGUCGAGUCCGCCCCUCCGGGCAGCAGGGGCGGGUGACGGCAACGCGGCGCAGGAGCGAAGGCGGGCGGUGAACGGGUACUACACAGCGUCGUACACCACGCCGCAGCGUGGCCUCACCGUGAUGGUGGAGUACCCGUUCACCGCAGACGCCAAUAGCCCGGCGACGGUGGAUGCCGUUAGCAACGAGGGCCCCCGAAGCCGUGUGGCAAACCUCGUGAACGGGAUUCACAACACCCACGACGACACAAAGCUCUUUGCGAUGCCGUUUACCCCCAACAGCCAUCACCGCAUCUGCUUCGUCCUUCCCACGAGCGUCGUCAUCGCGAUGGUGCGGGUGCACAACUACGGCGGUCGUGGGCGGGCACACACGGCCAAAGGGGUGCGUUUGCUUGAGAUGACUGUCGACGACAAACUCGUCUUCCGCGGCGAGAUCGCCCCCAACAGCGGCGCGGUGCUGCCCCUGCACCGCGUUGGCCGGGAAAACUGCGAGAACAUCCUCUUCACGGAGGAGCCGCAGGUGCUGCGCCGACUGCUGGCGGUGCCUCCAACGGAAGUGGUUGUUCAAGGCAAACCGUGGGGAAGGGAGGAACGAGCGAGGGCGGCCGAAAUGCCUCCACACGCUUCCGCCCACCAGCGAGCGACGAUGGCGACCGUGCUGUUUGGCACCUCCAGCGAAGAUAAGUCGCAACGCAUCGGAGGCGAGAGAAGCGUGGUGGUCCCUGCCUCCCUUUCGGUCAAUGUAAGCGAGCAGCCUCUCCCCUCCAGCAACGCGGCGGGACCUCUUGCAAUAAGUACGGCGCCAGUGAGUGGAACUGGGCGCCGCCGGCUCUCAAGCUCUGAGAGCAUGUAUUCUAGCUGCCCCACAGAUGUGACAUCGAUUUGUUUUCUCCUGCUUUGUACCUGGGGAGACACGGAGAAGAUUGGGUUGAGUGGACUGCGCUUUCGUGACGCACAGGGCGACCUCGUGAGUCAGCAUAUUUCCCACUGGUACGUGCGCUUUCCAUCGCAGGCACAGGCGAACGACGAGGUGGGCGCCUGGGAGGACAGCCUCGUGUACCUCUUUGACGAGAAUGCCGAGACCGCCCUAACGCUUCCGUAUGAGCCAUGCAUUGAAGUCAUCUUUGUUUUUGACGCCCCGCUGCCGACGCUAGGGUUUGUGGAGGUGGCAAACUACUCCCUUGGCGAGCACACCUUCAGCGGGGUGAAGGAGGCACGCUUGUUUGUCUCCUCUGCGACGCCAGGGUGGUCCGCAGGUUCCCUUGUCGCGGCGUACGCGACACUGUGGUCUGCAAACGGCACGUACAUGCAGACCACCCUGGAGUCGCACGGCGUCGUGGAGGUGACACCGGAGGCGGGCGUAAGUCUACGCAAGGCACCGGCCUUCCUCUCUAUUCCACGAUUUCAGGUGUAUGACUUGUCGUUGGCAGCGGGGCUGCACGCGCUGGCUGCGGGGGGCGUGACGAUGCAUAGCGCACUCACGCAUAGUUUAAGCGCAUCCAUGACCAUACGGGCAGAGAUGGCGCUGCGGCGGGCUCGCAUGUCGUUGAAGCCGCGGCCGGAGUGGCUGCUGGAUUACCAGACCUACCUCACCCCACUUCUCCCGGUUGCCUAUGUAUUGAAGGUGUCUCUCCUGCUCUGCGCGCGGAGUGCGGUGGAGCUGCACAAGUACGCGAAGGUGUGGAUGCUUCAUCCACUGCGCGCCUGUACGUUUGCGGACGAGAACGGGGAGACAAUCCGCGUGAAUAGCCGUGCGGGGGCGAAGCCUGCAGAGGGCACUUUCGGGAAUGCCUGGGACGGCCCGGGCGAGACGGCAGCCCACAGCUUUGUCACGGAGUGCCUCUUUACAGCACACCCUGCUGCCGUGCAGCAAGACGCGGAGGCCGCCGCGGUCGCCGCGCAGGUGGGCAUUCACGCCUCUCUGCUGCAGGCUUCUGUCUCGUUGGUGUACGUGUCAGACUCCCCGUUCUGCCUCUCCAUGCUGACGCUCAACCGCCCGCUGCUGCAGGAGGACGGGUGUGCGGCGUGGGUCCGACAGUUUCGCGUGUUUAUGGACGACGCGUUGGUCUUCGACAGCGGCGACGUUGGCGGCCCCCGCCGCGCCCCACUUGCCGCGGUGCAGCAGUCGCCGCUUCGGCCGGGGAGCGAGGACGCCCUCUCGCCGGUGACGGAGGGCGGCGGCGGCGGCGGCGCCGCGGCGUACAGCACGCGUCUGAAGCCGUUCGUCUUCUUCACGCUUGACGCCGCCAGGCUGGACGAGGCCCGUCGUGAGGUGAUGCGGAUGGCGGGGUAA